AUGUCAAUGUCAGAUGGAUACAAGAAAUUAAUUAUCGCAAUCGCAAAAUAUUGUAACAUUCUUUGUUAUGGUCCAAUUAGUCAAACUUAUUUUGAGCCAAUCUUCUCGUAUGAGAUGAAUUUUUAUUUAGUGUAUUUUUACAUCGACGAAAUCGAUUACAAAGUGAUAUUUUAACUUUUGACCUUAUAAUAAUGUCGCCUCGUAAACAACCGAUUAGUUUAUUUAAAUUAUGUAUUAAGAGUUCUAUUAGUUUAAUAAAUGAUAGUUGCUAUCGUAUCGAGAAAAGUUAUCCAGAAAUUGAGUGUACGGAUUGCAAAGAUAGAGUAUGUGUUUUGAAAGGGUUCUUGAUGGCUACACUCCCAGCCAGGUUAUUUGAUAUCCUCUGUUUAGAGAGAGGAUGUUGCCCGUACCGCGGCGAUCCUCGAGUCCAGCUAAAUGUCCUGAUUCAUCCCAAGAUGUCUAUCUUUCGUAAAUGCAACAUUGAUAAUGGCAUAUCGCAACAUUACUGGAUUAGUACCAUUCCUUGGUUUACCCGAUUAAUCGUUCUCGACCUUAAAUUCAUUUGUACUGACGAAAUACUCGAAGUCAUCGCCACACAUUGUUUUCUUCUUGAAGAGUUAAAUAUUGUUUCUAGAGUUGACGUAUGCAAGUCUCCUAUCAAUGCUUCAGUCUUGAUUAGAAACGUUUCUGAUGUUGGGCUGUGUUGUAUCAGCGUUCUCAAACACUUACGUAUCUUGUCCAUGGAUCCACCGCGCAACGAAAAGUCUAGUCGUAUAGGUCGGUGUGUCACACAAGCUGGUAUCAUUAUGCUAUUAAGCGAACUUCCUUAUCUCGAAGAACUAAAUAUAGAGUCUUGUGACAUUGGUUCAACAAUCAUAGGCGCAGAUAUUAACAUAGGUCCAUUAAGUCUAAGAAAAAUUAACUGUCAUUUUGCAUCGGCUAACGGUAUUCGUAAAUUAAUAAAAAUUUGUCCGCACUUAAAAGAAUUGUCCGUGACACAUUUAUCGGCGAAUGAUAAGGAGUCUAUUUUAGAAGAAAUAACGGCUAGCGAUCUAAGACUUGCGAAAUUGAAUAUGUCCUUUUUCUCGUACACACAAUCCUUGCAGCGACUUUUAGAAGUCCAAGGGAAGUAUUUGACACAUUUUUCGUUAUGGGAAAUAGACCAAUCUCUUAAUUUUGACUCAAUAACUACGAUAGGUUCGUGUUGCCCCAAUUUAACGUGCCUUUGUCUAAUGACCCAAUCUAAUAACUUAUUUAUACCGCGCUUUAUGACACGACCAAAGAAGAUUUUCUCUGAGCUUAGAAGUUUGACAUUAGGUAAUGAAAAUUUCAAUCUAGAAGAAAUAUUACUAUUUUUCUUAGACUACGCGGAAAAAUUACAGAAACUGGUUUUGAAGUAUCAGACGAAGUUGGUUUUCGGUGAGAUAUUAUUGUGUCUUAUACAAAAGGGUUUUCUGAAGGGCAUUAACAAUUUAUGGCUAGAUUGCACACUAGAAGUUUCCAAGGACAUAGUUAUACAAAUAAUUCAGUCUUGUGAUAAACUAACAAUGCUUACAGUUGAUUUAUCAGAAGACACGUGUGAUAUUUUAGAUUAUAUCUAUAGCAAUAAUUUCGAUUUAAAAUUAGGAGGAUAUUAAAUUAUUUCUGGAACAUACCUAGGUAUAAUUUAUAAUUAUAAUAAUAUUGUUAUGGAAUAAUGUAAUAAA